GACCGUUGGCAUUAUUCUCGCCUUGGUCCAUGAUGAUCUAGUUGGGGGGAGGCUCUGAUUUUGAUUCUCUCUUGACCGUACUAUACCAACUAUUGUCAUUGGCCGACAAUGCUCGACUUCAUGGAUUAUAUCCAACUCGCGUUCGCCGAGGGGACUAACUGGAAUCGCGACAAUUCAUACUCGUCGCUGACGGCCACAGCCCAGUCCCUCUUGGAUUUCUCAACUCCCGAGCGUCUACGCGUGCAUCUUUCAUCUCUAUCGACCCCCAAUUUCGCAACCAGCUACACCCUCGGCACAGUAGGCCUAAUCGACGGCUCAGUGUCCUACCUCUACAGCACCGUCCCCUUCACCAACACACCAAGCCGAAGCGCCUUAAUCCCCCUCCGCAAACUCUCCCCAGGCUACCGUCAAGUAACGCCACCAAUCGCCCCAAUCGAAGACUGGAAUUGGAACUCAAUCCUCGAUAAUUCCCAAAAUGUCCAACCGUCAUUCGCCAGCAAGCCCACCCUCCUGCACGCAACAUUACACCUCCCACCCCCAACAACCCUGAACGCCCUCUUACUCCGUCGUAUCUCCCCAACCAUGCAUCUAACACUGGCGGUCUGCUCGACAAGAGGCCCUCCGCUCUCCAAAUCCGCGCCGCAGGCAUCCCUCCUCACGCAAUUGUCCCACGACACGGGAAAAUACAGCAACGAGUACCUCUUCAGCACAGACAAUGCGCUAUUCGGCUGGCGGGGUCUAUGGAACUUCGGACCCGACCCUCGCUCCGCGACAGAUACCGCCGCGCCGCGCCUAUCGCUUCUAUCAGCCGGCGCGGAGGCAUAUUACUCGCCUGUGUCAUCGCUCAUUGGCAUGUCCACUGGUCUGAGGUUUAGUACUCUCCCCGCUGCGACGGAUGUGCCUGCGUCGACGGCGACGGGGUCUGCGACGGCGAAUCAGAGUACCCCUAUCUCUACGUUUCCGUAUACGCUUACUUUAACGCUGACACCGUUGACGGGUUCCUUGUCAACGACGUAUUCGCUCCGUGCAUCACCCAAUCUGGCGUUUAGUUCCCGCUUCGGGUUCAAUGUUUAUAGCUGGGAGAGUGAGAUGGUAGCUGGCUGUGAACUGUGGCGGAAAUCGAGGAAACAAGAUGAUGGGUUAGAAUGGGCGAGACGGAAGAUGCGCGCUUCUGAGCCUUUGUCUCUGCCUUCUUUGCCUGCUGAGCCGAAGGAACGGCAAGAAGAGGAGGCGACCGACUCUGUUCUGAAGAUUCGGGUCGAUCAGUCGUGGAAUGUACGGGUUCUUUGGGAGGGGCGCGUCAAGGAGCUUCUGGUGAGUGCUGGGGUGGGAUUGGGACCGAGUUCGUUCUCAUCUUCGUCGUGGGCGACUGCUGCGGCUGGGUCGGGGCAGAGUAGUGGUGGGGGUGUGCCGUCGUAUUGGAGGGGCGUGGGUGUUUCGGUGCUGUAUUCUUCUUAAUUUUCUUUUUAAUGUUUGAUUUUCUUAGAUAAUGGGUGUUGGGUCCCUUGUAUAGGCGACACGGUUUUUUUGCAUGGAUGUAUAUAUUUAGUGUUAGAGCGGGAUAGAUGAACCGUGUGAUAAUAUGUUCUUGAAAUAUGAAAACCUCUAUAUUCAUUUUGAUAUUUGGAUCAUAGAACUAAUUUUGAAACGUCAUAAAUUUAUCGAUAAAGGAACCAGAAAAUGAUUAUAGCCUAUAUUAACACCGUCGAUUUGCUUACAAACGAGCAUUGAUGAUAUCAACGACUGCAAUUGAACGUUAGCACCUUACCAAUACACAGGAAGGGGAAAGAAAAGAACGUACAAGCAGGCUUCAAGCUGGCACCGCCAACCAGGAAGCCAUCAACAUCGGGCUCCUUGGCCAGCUCGCGGCAGUUCUUCUCACUGACGGAGCCACCGUAGAUGAUACGGGUGUUCUCAGAGGCCUCGGGCGAGAUGGCCUCGGCGAGCCACUUGCGGAUGGCGGCGUGGACCUCCUGAGCCUGCUGGGUGGUAGCGACCUUGCCGGUACCGAUGGCCCUGUUGCACCUGUUAGUACCACAGUCUAGGGUGACAUGAUGUCAA